AUGGCGACAGUUGCAUCCACCAAAGGAGUGAGGACAAGAGCUGACCAGUUUAAUGAAAGCCUGUGUCCUAGUGAUGUUCGAGCUGCCUCUCAAGAUGAACCUUCAAAUGCAACAAGGCUUGUAGAUAUUCAAGAAUCAAUGAAAGAUCUGAUGCGUACACAAAUAGACCAACAACUGGAACUUUUAAAGAAUUUAGACCGUAAAGGGAAAGUGAACCCAAACUCAGUGAAACUUCCAAAAAUAGAAUUAUACAUGUUUUAUGGAAACAAGUUACAGUGGCGUGAGUUUUGGGAUGUCUUUGAAUGCACCGUGCAUAAGAAUUCUAAUUUAUCCAACGUGGAGAAAUUCAGCUACCAAAAACUUGGAGGUGAAGCAAAACGUGCCGUUGCUGGAUUGGCAAGGUCAAACGAAAACUAUGAGAUUGCAUUGAGACUCCUUCAUGAGAGAUACGGAAAUCAACAAGAAAUUGUAGAUUUACAUUACAAAGCUCUGAUGAACGUACAUUCUCCUUUGAAUAAGGUGGAGAGCCUUAGAAGUUUCAUAGACACCACAGAAAAACACCUCAGAAGCUUAGAGGUACUUGGAGAAAAUGUCAAUCAACACGUGUUUGUGUCUAUGAUUCGAACCAAGUUGCCGGAGGAAGUACUACGUCAACUCGAGUUCAACAAAGAAGCAAAGGCUGAAUGGACACUAACGAAGUUGAGAGAACAGUUGAAAAACUAUGUUGUUGCUUGUGAAAGAGCAGAUAAGAAAAAAGUAGAGUAUCAAAGUGUUACAAAAGUGAACCCUCUAAGCCAUGUGAAUGGAUUUAAACCACCUUACCGUUAUCCUCCUACUACUGGUGGGAAUCGAUAUUCCAACACAGUAAUGAAACAAAGUUCAGCUGAGUCAUUGUUUGCUAGUGAAAAAGCACAAAGAGUGAAAUCUGAAAAUAAACCAUAUGUGUGUAAAUAUUGUUCAAGGUCACAUUGGAGCGACGAGUGCACAGAAUAUAGAACAGUAGACGAGAGAAAGAGAAAAAUCAAAGGUUGUUGCUUCAAAUGUUUGAAAUCUGGACAUAUGGCCAAUGAGUGUAAAACAAGUAAAGCGUGCGUGUACUGUGGUGAAUUCAAUCAACAUCAUAGAAGCCUAUGCCUCAAGAAGUUCUCUACAAAAGGUGCUUCAACAAAAACCAACGUCAAUCUUACUGAAGAGGUAGGAGCUUGUGUAGAGGACAUGACAAAUUCUGGAGAGAAUGUUAUGGUUUCUGUCGGAGAAACAGUGUUCAUGCAAACUGCAACAACAGAAGUGAAAAAAGAUCUUACAAACACAGAUUAUGUCAAAACAAGAAUUCUUCUAGACGGUGGCUCUCAACGAACUUACAUAACCAAGUCUUUAGCAGAUAAGCUCGGUUUAAAGCCAAAGAAAACUGAAGAAUUAAAAGUUGUUACAUUUGGUAGCACUCAUUCAAAGAACAUCAAAACAGAGUUGACUACAUUGUAUUUGAAGUUGAAGAAUGGACAGUACAUUGAAAUCAAAGCAAACAUUGUCCCAGUGAUCAGUGGUAAUAUUCAAAGGAAAACACUUAACAUUAAAGCCAUGAGUGACUUAGAUCACUUAGUGAACAGUGUGGAACUGGCAGAUACUAUUCCGAGGAAUUGUGAAAUGGCAAAUGUGGAACUUCUUCUGGGUAAUGACUAUUACCUGGAUAUUGUACUUUCUCAGAAGUUGGAAGUGACACCAGGACUGUAUUUGUUAAGUUCAAAACUUGGUUGGAUCCUAGCUGGACGUACCACCUCUGAAGAAACAGACGACAGUGUACCAAAUAUGUUAAUUCUAACACAUGGAUCUACGUUCACAAAAACCAAUGUGUUUCAAUGUGUCGAUAGUGUUCUUGAAAGUAAACCUGAAUUGGAGGAUUUCUGGAGUAUUGAAGCCAUUGGUGUAAAGGACAAGCCAGAUUAUUCAGAUGAUGAUACGGCCAUGCAAAUGUUUAAGAAAAACAUCAAAUUCCAGGAUGGACGCUAUCAGGUCACUUGGCCAUGGAAAAAUGAAAUUCAAGAACUCCCGAAGAACCGAGAGCUAGCAUAUGGUCGACUGAAAUCAUGUGUGAAGAAACUGAAAGGAAAACCAGACUUUUUACAGAAGUAUAACUCUGUCAUCCAAGAUCAAUUUCAGAAAGGCAUUAUCGAGAAAGUUGAGGAAGCCGAAUCAGAUGGUCUUCAGCACUACUUACCCCAUCAUGCUGUUGUCAACCUACACAGAACUAGUACAAAGGUUAGAGUCGUUUUUGAUGCUUCGGCAAAACUUACCAAAGACAGCAACAGCCUCAACGAUUGUUUAUACAGAGGACCUGUUCUACUUCAUGAUUUGUGUGGACUUUUGAUGAGAUUUCGUCUACACAAAGUCGCAAUGGUAUCUGACAAUGAAAAGGCAUUUUUACAAGUGGGAUUGCAGACUAGCCAAAGAGAUGUUACCCGAUUCUUUUGGAUAAAAGAUGUUCAAAAACCAGAAGUCACAUCUGAGAAUCUACAAGUGUUUUGUUUCUGCAGAGUACCGUUUGGUGUGAUAUCGAGUCCUUUCUUGUUAGGUGCUACUGUGGAAAACCAUCUGGAUUCAUAUGAGUCAGACGUGUCACAGAAAUUGAAAGGUGACAUAUAUGUUGACAACAUUGUUACCGGAGCAAACAGUGACAAAGAGGCUAUUGAUCUAUACAAAACAGCAAAGUCAAUUUUCAAUGAUGCGUCCAUGAAUUUACGCGAAUGGCUUACUAACAGUGAAGAAGUCAAUAAGUGCAUUCCAACAGCCGAUCUCGCAGAGCCAAAGGAAAUGAAGGUUCUCGGUCACAUCUGGGAUCACAAAUCUGACAAAAUUUCUGUGAAAGAACCAAAGGUCAUGGACGACGAUUGUCCCACAACCAAACGCAACAUAUUGAAAAGAGUAGCGUCUGUGUUUGACCCUAUGGGGUUAUUUUCUCCUGUUGUGUUACAAGGGAAAGUGCUUCUUCAAGAAUUGUGGUCUAGAGGGUUUGACUGGGAUGAUUCAAUCGAUGAUGAAAAAGUGAGACAGUGUUGGAGUGAAAUAGAUUCAGAGUUGAAAGACAUUCCAAAGUGCAAAGUUAAUCGGUGCCUUGCAAACAGUGAUCAAAAGAAUAUGUCUUGCAGUCUCUUGUGUUUCUGUGACGCUUCAAAAUCUUCAUAUGCGGCAGCUGUGUACCUUCAUCAAGAGGGUCAACAAGAAUCAAGAACAGAUCUGUUAUUUGCAAAGACAAGACUUGCUCCGGUCAAAGAGAUGACUAUACCUAAGCUUGAACUAAUGGCUGUGUUGAUCGGAGUAAGAUGUCUGAAGUUUGUGAAAGAACAACUCAAUAUGGAAAUAUCAAAAGAUUAUUUGUGGAGUGACUCACAAGUUGUACUUGGUUGGUUGAACAGUAAUAAAAAGUUACCGGUUUUUGUGAAGAACCGAGUUGAUGAAAUUAAAGUUAACAAAGACAUAGAGAUCAGUUAUAUAAACACAAAGGAAAACCCUGCUGACAUAGCAACGAGAGGUUCUACUACAGCCAUGCUAUCUGAGAAUCAACUAUGGUGGAAUGGACCAACAUGGCUGAGAGACCCAUCAAACACAUGGAUAACUGGUCAGCAGUCAUUGUCAGGUAAAAACCCAACAGUGAUGUGUGAGGAAAGUUGUUUAGUAGAGGAAAGUUCUCGAGAAAAUAGUCAGAGUUCUGACAGUCAUAGUGAAAAGAAAAUUUGUGCUCCAUUUGAAAUGGAUUGUGAAAGAUAUUCCUCACUUACCAAACUAUUACGUGUUACAGCAUAUGUUAACGAAUUCAUCAGAAAACUGAGGAGGAAAGAAGUUGAUUCUGAUCUAAACAGUGAUGAUAUCAAAGAGGCAGAAUUGAUUUGGACAAACUAUGUUCAGAGGAAAGUUUAUUCCAAAGAACUACACGGCCUCAAGACUAACAAAGCAACUAACUUGGAAAGACAACUAGGGUUGUAUGUAGAUGGUGAUGGCCUCCUUCGAUUUGAGUGCAACGACAUAUUCAAGCAGACACCGGGUACAGAUAGGCCACCGGAGCAAAGAGACAAGAUAACCAAACAGUGUACAAAACGACCUGUUAGGCUAGCUGCGGAGGCUGCAAAGCGGAAGAUAAAAACUUUAGUCAACGUUGCAAGACGCCGUGCUUUGUUGGCGAAAAGGGGCAAUGAUGACAAAGCUACAGCAAGUUAUUAUGAUGAUGUGAGUGAGGACGACUCGAUUUUAGACUUGCUGACUAUGAAUGACGUUGAAAGCAGUAGCAGCAGUGAUUCCGUAAGCAGUAGUAGCAGUGGCAGUAGUGAUUCCGUAAGCAGUAGUAGCAGUAGCAGCAGUGAUUCCGUAAGCAGUUGCAGCAUUACCAACAGAGAUGACGUCAUCAGUAACGGUUGUGAUGACGUCAGCAACGUCAGCAGCAGCAGUGGUAGCAGCAGUGAUGUAAAUGCUAACAGUAAAAGUGUAUCUUGGGCCUCAAAGUUAUUGCAUAAGUUCUCUAAGUCUAACACGUGCAAGCACGAUUAG